AUGCCAUCGGCUUCGGCAUCUGGUUCUGACGCCAAAAGCGGAGGCGCGACGUCGCGCGACCAUAAGCAGGGUAACCAGGAUCGCAAGUACACACCAGAGCAGAAAGCCGCCGUGCUUCGAAUUCGAAAAUGUCAGCCCACAGCCUUCUACGAGAUUCUGUUGGUUGAGCGCUCGUCCACGGACAACGAGAUCAAGAAGGCGUAUCGAAAACAGAGUUUGUUGACGCAUCCUGAUAAGAACGGAUAUGAGGGCGCAGACGAGGCAUUCAAGAUGGUCUCGCGUGCCUUCCAGAUUCUUUCCGACGAGGAAAAGAAGGCCAAAUACGACAGAUUCGGCGGCGACCCUGAUAGCAGAUUCCAGCCUGGACCCAGCGCUUCAAGCGGUGCUUCUCCCUUUGGUGGUUUCGGCGGCGGAUUCCCCCGUGGAGGUGGCGGUCCGAGAUUUGACGAGGAGAUCUCAGCAGAGGAGAUGUUCAACCGGUUCUUCAAUGGUGGAUUUGGCGGAAUGGGCGGUGGUGGAUUCGGUGGGCCAGGAUUCGUCUUCAAUAUGGGGGGUGGUCCAGGGUUCCGAGUACAUCAAUUCGGAGGCCAGACACCCCGUCGUCGGCCUCGCCCAGCAGCCAAUGAGCAGGAAGCCCCUCCGAUUGAUGCUCGCAGUCUCCUUCGCCAACUAUUGCCGCUCAUCCUUCUCUUCGUCCUGCCCCUUCUCUCGUCUCUCUUUUCUGGCUCCUCAACACCAUCCGGACCAUCCUAUCGAUUUGAUACCCCUGUCUCCCCGCAUACCCUUGGCCGUUCGACUCCGAAGCUCAACCUUAAUUACUUUGUGAACCCCCUCGAAGUGGAUAACUUUAGUGCACGAAACUUCCGGGAGCUGGACUCGCGUGUGGAGGUGGAAUAUGUCAGAAAAUUGCGCCACGAAUGUGACGCUGAAGCCCAUGAGCGGGAGCGGAGGUUGCAAGAUGCACAGGGAUGGAUCUUCCCUGAUGUUGAGAAGAUGAAGAAGGCCCGCGCCAUGGAGAUGCCAAACUGUCGACGUCUAGAUCAACUGAAGACCAAGGGGAGAUUUUAA